AUGCACCGGCCAGACGAGGAUGAAACGGUGUUCAUAACGCCAGGGGGGACCUAUUGCUACAGAGUGAUGCCGUUUCGCCUAAAGAACGCGGGGGCAACGUACCUGAGACUGAUGAACAAAAUAUUCCGCAACCUCAUUGGCAAGACCGUGGAAGUUUACGUGGAUGAUAUCCUCACAAAAACCACCCACCCCAACGAUCUCAUAAGCGACCUGGAGAACGUGUUCGCGUCCCUCCGACAAAACGGUAUGAGGCUCAACCCGCUUAAGUGCGCCUUUGCCAUGGAGGCCAGAAAGUUUCUGGGAUUCAUGAUAACCCAGAGAGGAGUGGAGGCCAACCCUGAAAAGUUCCAAGCAAUACUUCAGAUGAGGAGUCCGGGCUGCAUCAAGGACGUUCAGCGGCUGACGGGAAGGCUCACAGCAUUAUCACGUUUCCUCGGCGCGUCGGCAGCAAAGGCCCUACCCUUUUUCGCUUUGAUGAAGAAGGGAAUAGCAUUUGAGUGGACCCCUGCGUGCGAAGAAGCCUUCAACCACUUCAAGGAGAUUCUAGCAGCACCCCCAGUGCUCGGCAAGCCGAAAGCCGGAGAGCCACUCUAUCUAUACCUAGCCAUCACAGAGGGGGCGCUCGCAGCGGUGUUGGUACGAGAAGAAGGGAAGGCCCAGCAGCCGAUCUACUUUGUGAGUAGAGCACUGCAAGGGGCAGAACUCAGAUACAGCAAGCUGGAGAAGCUGGCACUGGCACUUUUGGUCUCCUCCCGCCGAUUACGACAAUACUUCCAGAGUCACCAGGUGGUCGUGAGAACGGACCAGGGAAUUCGACAGGUGCUCCAAAAGCCUGAUCUAGCGGGAAGAAUGAUGACCUGGGCCAUCGAACUAUCCCAAUACGACCUAGGCUACGAGCCCCGACACGCGAUUAAGGCGCAAGCAAUGGCAGACUUCCUGGUGGAAGUAACUGGGAAUCCAACCAAGGAAACGGACAUGCAGUGGAAGCUCCAUGUAGACGGAGCCUCCAACCAGACGUCCGGAGGCGCGGGGAUCAUUUUAGAAAGUCCAGCCAGAGUUGUCUAUGAACAAUCGGUUAAGUUUGAGUUUCCCAUAUCAAACAACCAAGUAGAAUACGAAGCCCUUCUAGGGGGUUUGGUUCUUGCUCAGGAAGUCGGGGCCAAGAGGCUGGAGGUAUGCAGUGAAUCGCAGGUCGUCACUUCACAAGUGAAUGGAAGCUACCAAGCCAGAGACUCAUUACUGCAGAAAUACUUAGAGAGGGUCAAAGAGCUGAGCAAACAAUUCGAAGAGGUCACGGUCCAACACGUUCCAAGGGAGAGGAACACACGGGCAGACCUCCUAUCUAAGCUGGCGAGCACAAAAGCCGGAACCGGCAAUCGCUCCCUCAUCCAAGGCAUCACACAAGAGCCAGCAGUUGCCCUCCAUCUGACCAAGCUAGCCCCUUCUUGGAUAGACCCCAUCACUGACUUCUUGCAAAAUGGCAAACUCCCCCAGGACGAAAAAGAAGCCAAAACAGUAAGAAGGGAGGCCGCUAAAUAUGCGAUCAUACAGGAUCAGCUAUUCAAAAAGGGACUCAGCCAACCUUUGCUGAAGUGUCUGCACCCCGACCAGACGGACUACGUUCUCAGAGAAGUCCAUAAGGGGUGCUGCGGCCACCAUAUCGGGGGCAAGGCCCUAGCAAGGAAGCUCAUCCGAGCUGGAUACUACUGGCCGACAAUAAUGAAUGACUCCAAGGAGUUCAUGGCCCACUUGUCAGAGGUAGCACUGAAACAGAGGAUAGCCCUACGAUACAACACCAAGGUACUCAGAAGAAAAUUUGAUGAAAGAGACCUCGUUCUAGGACGAAACGAUAUCGGACCACCGUCCCCAGGAGAAGGGAAGCUGGCGGCAAACUGGGAAGGCCCCUACAGAGUCAAAGAAGUGCUCGGCAACGGCGCCUACAAGCUGGAAAGACUCGACGGCAAAGAAAUGCCGAGAACAUGGAACUCAGGUAACCUAAGAAGAUUCUACUCGUAG